AUGCUAAAAACUGAUGAUGGCGUUGAACUUUACAAGGACGACGAAAAGGCUGAGCAUCUGUCCAGGUUCUUUCAGUCGGUUUUUACGAGAGAAGUCGCUGCACCCACUGAUCACUGUAAUGUGGACAAUGUCCCGACAAUUGACUCAGUGGUUCUCACAAAACCUAUUGUUCAACAGGAAUUACUGAAGCUAAAAGAAGGGACUUCGCCCGGUCCUGACGAAAUACCGGCAAAGUUGUUGAAGGAAUUGGCCACAGAAUUGGCAGAACCUCUGAGCGUCCUCUUCCAAGCCUCUCUUGAUGCAGGCAGACUGCCUCCUGAGUGGAAGGCUGCGUGGAUUUCACCGAUUCAUAAAAAUGGCAGUCGCGCUUCCGCAAACAACUACCGACCAGUAAGCCUCACCUCCAUAUGCUGCAAAGUUAUGGAGCGAAUAAUCAAACGCGAACUGAUGCGGUUUUUAGAGCAAAAUCAUCUUCUGUGCGAUGCACAGCACGGCUUCCGCAGAGGGAGGUCCUGCUUGACCAAUCUACUCUACUGUCUUGAACAGUGGACCCGAGCGAUUGAUGAAGGAAACGUUGUGCAUGUGGCCUACAUAGACUUCAAGAAGGCCUUUGACAGUGUGCCACACCAACGUCUCCUACACAAGCUCAGCCGCAUAGGGGUAAGAGGCAAGCUUUUGAAGUGGAUUGAAAACUUUUUGGUCGGUCGGUCCCAGACUGUUCGUCUUGGUGGCCAGCACUCGGCAGAGGUGACGGUUACGAGCGGAGUACCUCAGGGCUCCGUUCUUGGCCCUAUCCUCUUCCUCAUCUAUAUUGAUGACUGUAUCCAUGGAUUGGACUGCAAGAUUGCCAUGUUUGCCGACGAUAUAAAGCUUUAG